UUCUUUUAACAAGACUUUUCCUAUUUUAGUGUGCUUGAAAAAAUCUAAAAAUCUGAAACGCAUAUAUCUUUAAUAAAGUAUCAUUAGCAUGCAAUUCCGGCAAUAAGACAGUUGCUGUUGGAACUUAUCCGAAAAGUUUUUAAAGUUUACGCAGAUAAUAUUAGUUUUGAUUGAAAAUUUGUAUAUGUAGCAUUAUUGCAUUAACAUAAACGAAUGUUAAUCUGGGCUAAGUUAAAGGGCAAAGCAGACAAACAGCUUUGCUUUGGCCAUUGUCAAGUUGAUUUGUUGGCCCCAAACAAAAGACUGUUUUGAGGUGUAACAAAAAAGCCCACUGCCACUUGCCACCCCAAAACAAAAGUGUUUCAGCGCCCCACAUUAGUUGCCUCCCGUUCACACUGCAUCGGUCCAUCCCGCUCUGCCUUUAUGCAUAUGCAAUGCUGACUGUUGCAACCAUAUAUUUUUUUUAUUAUUAUUAUUUGUAUUGUGGUUGGGCAGCUGGUGUGGCUGCUGUUUCAUUAUUUGUUUCCGAUUGAAAGAAAAACUUGCUGGCGACCACGCAUUAGACUAACGCGCUUCGUGGCUCGUAUAAAAGAGGUUGUCAGCGCUUGACCCAUCAUCACAACCACUUGACCCACAGAGCGAGCGAGAGACGCAGCGAGUCGCAACUAACUAAGUUCCAGCCUAAGCAACAGCAUGAAGAUAUUUGUGACGAUUCUCGUGGCCGCUUUGGCUUUGGCCCGUGCCGACAUCAGCCUCACGCAGCAGGGCUACAACUACAGACAGCAGCAACAGCAGCAGCAGCAGCCGACUGUUGUGGCCCAUUUGCUGAACCAGCAGUUGCAGCAGCAGCAACAGCAGCAGCAAUCACAGUCAUCCCAUCCAGUGCUGCCACCGCUGGCCGUGCCAUUGCCCUAUCUGCCGCCCGCUGGCCAGUACCAGCCGCAGCAGCAGCGGCCCAUUGCUGCCGCAUUUCCCAUGCCUGCCAAUUUCCCAGUCAACUUCCAGACAGCUCCACUGACCCAGACGCGUCGGUCGCGUCCACGUGUUCGCAUACCCAAGAAGCCCAUUGUCACCAAAAACUUCUUCAUACACACGGCGCCCGAGGAGUCGGACGAUGAGAUUCAGGAUGAGCUGCAGCAGCUGAACCAGCAGCCGCGCAAUCACUACAAUGUGCUGUUUGUGAAGACGCCCGCUCAGACGAACCGCGCCGCUGCGCUCAAUCUGGCCAAGACCCUGAAACAGGAGAAGACGGUGGUGUACGUGCUGGCCAAGAAGACAACGGCCGCUGAUCUGCAGGAUGCCAUUGCCGAGGCGCCACAGCAUAUUAACAAGCCGGAGGUGUUCUUCAUUAAAUACCGCACGCCCGAGGAGGCGCUCAAUGCCCAGCGCCAGAUUCAGACCCAAUACGAUGCGCUGGGCGGCAGCUCCACCAUUACCGACGAGGGUCUGGCGCCAAUUACCUCGGUCGUGGGCUCUCUGGACGCACCCGAGGAGGAGGAAGAGGAGCAGCAGCAACAGCAACAGGCCAUCGAGGGCAAUGGCAACCUCAACGUCAAUGCCCCAAUUAACAAUCAAUAUCUGCCCUCCAAUCAGUUCUAAAGUAUCUUCAUUGCUCAACCGGAGCGAAUCUUAGUUAGUUAGUCACAUUCCCCCAGUUGAACUCGCAUUUAUCUGUUGUCUAAAUAGUUGUAAAUAAGUGAAUUUAUAGAUGUGUAAGCCUAUUUGAAACCAGUUUGUAUUAAAGGUUCACAAUUGUAUUCAAAUUAUGCAGUUGUAUUUCUUUUUACUUUGGCUAUCUUAUGUUUCAGCGUUUUUCACCUAUGUUUCGCCUUUUAGAGUGAUUUGGCAUAAAUCCAUUAAAUAUCUAUUGAUUAUUUUAUCUUUCAUCUUGAAUAGUCUAUCCAGUUUUGGUCUGUUUGUCCUGACUGAUUAACUCAAUAAUUGACAUUUUUGUUUACUAUUCAAUCGCUUUCAGAAAUUUUGAAAUAUCUUUGUGAAGAUGAUUUUUCUGGAUAGUCGGCCUCCAGGACUAUGUGGCUAGGUAUUAGACAUUUUAUCUAAUCGAUAAAUUCCAAUUGUAAAUAUAAUACAAAUAGCUCGAAUAAAUGAAGUCCCAUAUUGGAUAGAUAGGUCUAAUUGAAAAUCGAAAACCUAAUCAACCUAAUAGAGUUGAUAUAAGCAUGUCCGACUGACCGUAUUUUCACUAAA